UUACAAAAGGGUAAAGAAGCCUGACUCAGGCUGAAGCUUCCAGCCAGAGAGGGAGUCAUUUCAUUGACGCUUGAGUCAGCAAAGGCAUCUGGUUCAGAGGCUAUCUCAGCUGACAGCCACAGGUGUUCUCCGUUGCAGAAGUUAAGAUGGCCAGAGUCCCCGACCUGUUUGAAGACUUGAAGAACUGUUACAGUGAAAACGAAGAAUACAGUUCCGCCAUUGACCAUCUCUCUCUGAAUCAGAAAUCUUUCUAUGAUGCAAGCUACAGCCCCCAUUGUAAGGACUACAUGGGUCAAUUUAUGUCUCUGAGUACCUUUGAAACCUCUAAGACAUCCAAGUUUACCUUCAAGGAGAGUAUGGUGGUGGUUGCAGACAAUGGGAAAGUUCUGAAGAAGAGACGAUUGAGUUUAAAUCAACACAUGACUGAUGAUGACCUGGAGGCCAUUGUAAAUAAUUCAGAAGAAGAUAUCAUUGAGCCCAGGUCAGCAGCUUCCAACUUCCUGAGCAACAUGAGUUACCGCUUUAAAAGGAUCAUCAAAGACCAAGUCACCCUGAAUGACACCCAAGGUCAAACUAUAGUUCGAGCCCCCUCGAAUGAGCACCUCUGGGCUGCUGCAAUAAAUAAUAAGGACGAUGCAGUGAAGUUUGACAUGGGUGCUUAUGUAUCAAGAGAUGACAGUAAAAUUCCUGUGACUCUAAGAAUCUCAAAAACUCAACUGUUUGUGUGUGCCCAAGAUGAAGACCAACCAGUACUACUGAAGAGAGCAGAUCAGAAGGAAGGAGAGAGAGAAAGCAGAGAACCCAAUUAGAAGGUUAUAACAGCAGCCAUGGGUGGAGCAGGUACGGAAUCAGGUGGAAAGAAAUAGAAUUGGACUAUAUUUUGGAGAUAGAAUGAACAGGAGGAAGAGGAGAAACUGCAUUUACUGAGAUGGGAACAACUAGAAGAGGAAUAAGUUUUAGAAAUAAAAUUCUUGCUGACCCUUGAAACCCCAAGGAAACCUCAAGAAGGAUAUUUACUUGCUUUAGACUGAAAAGAAUAGGAAAGAAACAUCUCAACUUGGAAUUUGAAAUCUAUUUUUCCAUGAAAGUAUUUUUCCAUGAAAGUAUUGCUAGAUUCUAUUCAUACUCACAGGAAGAGCAUAUUCUAAAAAAAAAUUGUAUUGAAAUAGUUUAACUACUGAUAUACCUGGGAAGUUAUGUGUGUGUUUAACCUUCAAUUGUUGACUUAAAUACAAAGAUAAAUGUCGUCUAAAUGCUAAAUUGUUUUCCCAAAGAAAACACUUAGAGGUCAGUAUAUUUAGGAAGCUUAGAAUCACCAGUGCUCAGAUUUGAUGCAGAAUGCCUUAUGCCUAUGUUGAAACCAGGACAUGAACAAUGUUCACCACUUAUCUGCCUGGAUACAGUGAGAUGCUAGUGCUAGUGUCAUUGGCAGUCUUCAUGAGUAAUUUAGAUCUCUCUCUAAUCAGCUGAGGAAAUCAACACUUGUGAAUAGACUGGGUCAUACAUCUAAUAGGCAUUUAAUAAAUGCUUGCUGAAUGAACAAAUGAAUGAAGAACCUAUAUCGUCACAUUAAAGCCAUAGUCCUAAAGUCCUCUUUCUCAGGAAGGCCAGAUGCCAAGGGGUUGAGCUUCAGUUAUUUUUCUAUCAUCUUCUUGUUCUC